AUCACAAAGUCAACUAAAUAUUAUUUCGAAUAUUUUUUUUUAUUAGUGAUAUUUUUUGUAAUAAUUUCAGUUGAAAACAAAAUUAAUAAAUAUUUCUCAAGCAAUAAUUAAAAAAUUGUUAAAUUUUGAAAAUUCUUAAAUUUAGAAAUUUAUGUAUAAAUCAAAUAAAUAAAUAACCAUUUUUUUAUAAUUUUUAAUAAUAAAAGUGUGUAUUUUUCAUAUUAUAAAGACGACAAUGUCACUGAAAAAAUUAUUAACAAGCGGUUUAAUUAAAACAUACCUUCAUUUACCUAGAAAUCAAACUAAUAUUAUCAAACGACGUUUCUUGCACAACCAAGGAAGAGCACCAAAAAUAUUAAUUACUGGCGGUUUGGGUCAACUUGGACUCGAGUGUGCUAAAUAUUUACGUCAAAAUUAUGGAGUUGAAAAUGUAAUAUUAUCAGAUAUUCUCAAACCAAGCACAGCCGUUCCAGGCCCAUUUUUGUAUGCAGAUAUUUUGGAUUUUAAGAGUCUACAAAAAAUCGUUGUUGAUCAUCGUAUUGAUUGGUUAUUUCACUUUUCCGCAUUGUUAAGUGCCACGGGAGAACAAAAUGUUCCUUUAGCAAUCAAAGUAAACAUCGAAGGUGUUCACAAUAUUUUUGAAUUGGCAAAGCAAUACAAGCUGAGAUUAUUCGUUCCAAGUUCCAUAGCAGCAUUCGGACCCGAAUCACCAAGAAAUCCAACACCAAAUACUACGAUACAAAGACCCAAAACUAUUUACGGGGUAUCAAAAGUUCACGCAGAGCUAUUGGGUGAAUACUAUUAUCAUAAAUUUGGUUUAGAUUUUAGAUGUCUCCGUUUGCCAGGAAUAAUUUCAAGUGAUUUGCCAGGAGGCGGUACCACAGACUAUGCAAUUUCUAUUUUUUAUGAUGCGCUAAGAAAUGGAAGAUAUAACUGUUAUUUAGCUCCUGAUACACGUUUACCAAUGAUGUAUAUAGAAGAUUGCCUUAGAGCUAUGCAUGAAUUUAUGACGGCUCCUGGAGAAAAUCUUAGACAAAGAUGCUACAAUAUCGCGGCUACCUCAUUUACACCAGCAGAACUUGUUGAAAAAAUUAAAAAUUAUAUUCCAAAUUUAAAUGUUCGGUAUCAACCUGAUGCAAGGCAACUUAUAGCUGAAUCGUGGCCUCAAAUUAUAGAUGAUUCUGAAGCCAGAGAAGAUUGGAAGUGGAAAGCUAAUUAUAAUUUUGAAAAACUAGUCGAUGUUAUGUUCAAAAGCGUACAAGAAAAUUAUUUAAAUGUUAUAGACAAUAGUUCUAGAAUUUCCGCAGAAAUAUAAAAAUAUCUAUGGGAACAGCCAUGCAAGACAA